CGCAGUCCGCACUCCGCUCUCAAUGGUGUUGCAGCGCCGCGCGUCACCGCCCGCCCGUUUUUCGCGCCUCGUAUGCGCUUGAGCAAGUAAACUCUUCGACAUUUAAAGUGAAAUGUUUUCCAUCCCUGGACCACGCACCCGUUUCGGACUUGUCUACUGCAAAGUUUAUUAGUUAUAGCAAGUGUUAAAAUCAAGAUUGGAAAGGCUGUGUUUGCACAUCAAGCGAAAGCGGGCCGUGUUAACACUGACCACAGAAUUUGGUUGUGUAGGUGUUUUCUUGUGGUGUGUCGCAAUGGAGAUAAGUGUUGAAGUGUUGAAAUCUGGUUUAUGAGGAGUUUCUUCGAGCGUGCUCAUGCAGCUGUGAAAAACGGGUACACGUGCUUAUGUAAGGCUGAAUCCGCGCGAACAUCAAGAUGCCGGCGCUCCGGUUGCUGGGGCGCAAAUGGCUAGCUGCCUCAGACGACCUGGUGUUCCCGAGCAUCUUCGAGCUUAUCUUCCGCUUCGUAUGGCUAGUAUUGAUCGCGCUGGUGGUGGAAGUGAUAUUCCCAGUGACAUGGCAGUGCCGGUCAGAGGGUUGGCAUGGUGGCGCAUUUGUGCGGCUGUACCUCUGCAGUACUUUGGCACUGCAAGCAGUUCUGAUGCUGCUAUUAGCGGCACUCGCGAUGCAGUCCGCGAGGGGCACCAUCACUGACGUAGACCAGCGCCGACUUGUCUCUCCAUUAUUGGUUGUCAAAGUGUUCCUAGUACUACCAGAGAUAGCCCUUAACGUGAUGGGCACCAUGUGGAUGUUCUGUGACGUCAUCGAGUGCUCCGUCUCAGACAAGUUCUCCAGUAUAGUCAUUCAAAGUAUAGUAUUAUUUAACUGGGUGCAACUAGGAUUGACAGUAUUUGGCCUGUUCAUGGUGUUCGAUCCCUUGGGUUCAGUCAGCUACGGAGACAUGCAAGACACCCCCAACCAAGUUCGGCAUCACAGGAAGGUAACAGGACUGUGGUCUAGGAGAUUCCGAUGGUUAUUUUGCUGGUUGAAGAGGGAUGAACAUGGAAAGGAAGCAUUUCAGCAAGUGGCUGCAUUACUCAGCGCGCUAUUCAGAUCAACGGAUCUCGUUCCCUCUGACGUGGUCGCAGGCUGCGUGCUCUUACGAGUUCGACAAAAGAGAGAGACGCGGGAAAUGCGCCGCAUUCAAAUGCUCAAUGACGAAGAACCAAUAUACACCACAGAUGUCAACAAAGUGUUUUCUGAAACCCCACCAUGGAUGAAUCUAGAAGACGCUCUUCACUAUCUCAAGUUGUCAAUCGCAGCUUACGGCUGGCCUUAUGUGAUAUACAGGCAUUGCUUCACUGGAUUUUGUAAGCUGGCUCGUCAUCUGACGUGUUGUUGUUGUCGGCCGAAGAACUCUAUAGUUACGGAUGACAACUGCUGCCUAUGCCACUUUGCUGGGGUCAAGUACAUGUCCAGCCUCUCUGCUGACGAUAUAAUCUUCGCUUCCUUCAACAACCGAGUUUUUGAGCUCCCAUUCUGCGUAAUAGCCGACCAUGAACGCGAGAGUAUCGUGGUAGCUGUGCGUGGUUCGAUCUCUUUAAGGGACAUUUUCACUGAUUUCACUGCUGGCUCGGAAAAAUUCGAAGCCGAUGGCUUGCCAGAAGACACAGCAGCUCACAAGGGCAUGGCCAUGGGAGCAGCCAAGAUGCUGAAGAGGUUGAUGCCGGUGCUGGACCGUGCAUUUCAACAGUUCCCACACUAUGACCUCAUUCUUACAGGUCACAGUCUCGGCGCCGGCGUAGCAGUGCUGGUAGCAUUAAAGUUAAGGCCACGAUACCCUCAUCUCAAGGUGUAUGCCUUUUCAACACCUGCUGGUCUAAUAAGCCGAGAGGCAGCACGAUACACGGAGAGCUUCGUAAUGACGGUGGGUGUUGGCGACGAUCUGGUAAUGCGACUCAGCGUGCACAGCAUCGAAAAUCUACGGACGAAGGUCAUUCAGACCAUACACGCCACUAAAUUGCCCAAGUACCGCAUAUUGCUCAACGGUUUCGGCUACGCCCUCUUCGGAGUACCAGCUCGCGAUCUGGAAUCAACAUGGCGGCGGCCGGAAGACCUUGAAACCAACCAUUCUGACGACUCUACAGACGCGCUGCUCGUGCCGAGCGUGUCCACCGUGAGUGCUGAAGCAGCACUAGUGUCCCGCAACGUGUUCGUACGACGGUUUUCCUCGGCACGGCUGUUCACCGCCGGCCGAAUUCUGCACAUCGUACGGCGCAAGCGCAUGGGCAUUGAGAAGAAAGUGCGCACCCAAGAACCAACGUACGAAAUGCGCUGGGCAUGUCCUGAAGACUUCAUGGAAUUGCAAGUGAUGCCUCGGAUGCUACUCGACCACUUGCCAGAGAACGUUUAUCGAACCAUAGACACCGUGCUUAAGGAGAAACAAGCCUCCUACCGCGUCACGCACAUCGUGUAAACAAUUGACCUUUCAGAGCAUUUAUACCUAUAUUUUUUGUAUUCUCGGUAGAUGUGAGUGAACACAUGCUAGGGCCAAAUGAUAAUUUUUGACAAUUUUACUCGCACUAAGCCAGUAAAGUGACGAGGCAGCUGUAAAAUCGGACAAACAUAAUAUUUUAUAAGUUUUUUAAUAAUAUUUUUUAUACUACUUCACUUUCACUCAAAGCAAAUCAUGACUUGCAUUUUUGUUAAUUUUGGUUCCUAUCACGCUUCUCAUUAAGAGUGUUUACUCGUAAAGUACAUGAAUAUUUUUAUCUGAAAUUAUGGAAUAAUCUUAUGUAAAUAUUGUUUAUGAAUCUCUUUUGUAAGGAUAGUGACAAACCAGUGUUUACAUUUUUAGUUAGGAAAGGAAUUAGUAUAAGAAAUGUGAGAAGACUGUGAUGAUGUUUUAGAAUGAAAUGUUGUUGUAAGUGAAGAGUUUAUUUGCGUGAUGGAAAGUCUUUAUGUAGGGUUAUUUUGUGAAUUUAGUGUAAGAUCUGUUGCUGUAAGUUUCACAGAAACUUGAGCGAUUUACCUCUCGUACGUUAACAUAUCAACGUUUUGAACGUUCUCAUUCCCAUUUCAUACUGUUAUUUCGGUCUCAAUUUAUAUUUUAAUUCCUCUGACACAUACUCAACAUCAUUUUGUACAAUUUUGGCACAAACUUUGAGGCACAGACUCACGUUGGUAUAAACAGUCGAAAAUAAUUACUAAUUAUAAUUACUCUUUUGCCAUUCAAAAGCAUCAGCAACCUUUAAAUUCAUUUGCUCAAAUCGAAAAGCAAUUAUUUUUUUCUAGAAAGCAGCAUAAUUACACUUAAAAUUAGUGUUACGUGUGAAUCUUGUGAAAGUACCACUAAGAACAAUAACUAGAAUAGUGUAGAUUAACGUGUUACCGGAGUCAAUUAGAAAUAAAUUAUUGAUGAAGCUUUUUACCCCAUCACAACCUUCAUAACAUCAUUGCCUAAUUUAGAACUUUAACGUUAUAUUACAUGAGUAGGCCAAAUAGAUUUUUCUAAGUAUGUAACUAAGUACCUAUUAUGAAACUUUACUUUUAAUAUUCACCUAUUCUACCACUUUUUCAAGGUACAGUACACUGCACAAUAAAGUAAGAAAGUUGCCAAUUCACGUUUUAUAAAUAAACUGCAAUGCUAUAAUAACAAAAACGGUGUAGUAAGGACCAAAAAAUUAGUGUAACUUGUAUGGCUGACUAUACUUUACCAUCGGGAACAACUUUGCAUUAACUUUUUAAACCGAACAGAGUUUCGUCUCUCUGUGGUUUGUACAUAGCAUUUACUUCAAAUGAUACAUUCCAUUUGUAUUCACGAUACCCCUCAGUCCAUAGGAGCAGGAGUGUGUGUGGUGCCUUGUGAUUAGAAAUAGGUAAAUGAGUAGAUGUCUUAAGAUGGAAAGAUGCAUUUGAUUUUCUAGUUUAAACUCUAAAUGAAAACAAAAAAUAAUAAUUUCUUUCCUUCUCAGUUUUCACUGGACUUCUAUUUACCAGAUACGAUUAUUUAUGUCUAUGUUGACCAGAACCACAUAUAAAAUUUGCCGUAACAUCUCGCCAUCGCUUCUCAAGGGUUUCUUCUCAAUUUCAAAGGUUGACCUAAAGUUGUUGAUCGUCAUCUGAUACUGAUCAAUAAGUUAUAACAUGAUUGAAGAUGGAACAAACUGACGUUUAUUUAUUUAUUUUAUUGCCGUUUGUACUUCCAAUAUAAUUUAUAUGUUAUAUUUGGUGUUGACUCUGUUGCAUUCAAUCUAAAAUCAGUUAUCCACUGAUCAUUUGCUGAUCACUCCUUCUUUCACCGUAUCUUCUACAUCCAUCUGCCUCCUAUCAUAACACAUUGUUCUCCGUACAACUUUGGCAAAUUAGUCGUAAAAUUAAGAUCAGGCAACACAAUCGACACCUAAGUUUACGUCCCUUUUGUUGAAUAUUACUUUGAGAAUUCUCAUAAUGAAUUUCGUGUAGUUUUAUAGAGCACUGUUACAUUAAACCAAUGGUUUUUGUUACUUAAAUAUAUGAUUUUCUAAAACUCUCUUCAAGUUAAACUGCGGAAACGUUAAAAAACAUUUUAAUUUUUCAGACUUGGUUACGGUCGCG